AUGGAGCGUGUCGGCGUGCGUGAGCUAGAUCUGAGCAAUUGCGGCCCCGGAUCUGUUGCCGAACGGGUUGGCGUGGUACCAGGCCUACGUAGCAGUGCAGCAUUUUUCACCUUUCUGAGAGCAAAUCUAGCUCUAUCUCCAUCAGCCUUAUCAUCCAACUACAACACGCCAUAUCUGGAGCCUUAUUCUCCUCAACCACCUCAACUCAAACCACCAUCUCCAUCCCCUCUGGCAACCGAUGAACCAUUAAUACCGCUCGACGAGAUCCCACCACUGUCCCUCGACACUCUCGAGACCCAAGAUGAAAAAAUAGACGGCCUCCGGCUCGUAGCCGACUCAGUCACCGAGAUGCGCCAACGGGCCUCCAAAGCCGUCAUCCUUCACCCACUCUGUCUCGCGGGUCUCGUGACAUCCUGGGUCGCCGUUUACCGCUUCGCCUACACCCCAGAUAGGGACGCAGCUCGAUCCCUCAUGUUGGCCAGCGGUAUCACGAUGCUGUACAUGGCCGCAGUACGUUUCAUUACAUCUGGCUACGACUCGCUUGCCGAGAAGAUAGGUUGGGACUGGCUGCGUGCAGAUUUCGGCGGCGAAGAGGACAUUAUUCUCGGCGCACACAUGGGAGAGACACUUGUGGGAGCCGUCGUUCUCCGUCUCGAGUCAAAGAGACCACCACUUCCGUCACCAAAGCGCAAGAGUCGAAGUCGAAGCGCCAGCCUACGAGGUGGAAAGGGCGUCAUUCGCGCAUGGACCACGAAAUACAAGUAUCGUGGCCAGGGUGUAGGCAAGAAAUUGCUGCAUGAAGCAGUGAGGUUGGCGAGGGAGCGAUGCGGAAAGGAUGCACAGGUUGGUUUUGCGCUAGAGCAUGCUAAUUCUACCAUGCUGCUACCGAAUAUGUUUAAUGCGGCGUUUAGAAGGGAUGAGGUUCGCGCAGCCAAGGCUUUGGAGGGCGCCGUGUUGGAGUGGGAUGUUGCCAAGAAAAAGAAGAGGUGA